AACGUGCGCAAGUGAUAAAAACAAACCUACAGCAUGAAAUUCGUUUUAAAAAGUAUUAGUAAAAACUCUGGUCGCCUUGGCCAACUGCGGAUCAAGGAGAGCAAGGAGCUGCAGACGCCGCUGCUGCUGCAAACAACCAAAGGCGGUAGCAUUCCGUACCUGAGCGCCGAGGUAUUCGAUUUGGUCAGCCAGGAGCAUCAACAAGUGCUGCAGCUGACGUUGUCCACCAUGGAUCAAAUGUCCGAGUCCUUGGCGCAGUGGAAUCGCAGCCUGAGCGACUAUGUGGGCUAUCCGGGCUACAACACGCUCUUGCUACUACGUGAUCCUUGUGAAACGACGCCAACAGGUGGCAACGAUCGGGAUGUGGUGCCGCUCUUCACACGGCACGGCAAGGACUCACUGACAGCCGCACGUUACAUGGAUAUGGUGGCCAACUUUGCGCCGGACGUGUAUCAGGGCCUAUGUGACGCGGACACAAAUCCCGAGAGCACCAAGAAGCGUGUGCAAAAAUCGGUGGAUCGUACCGAGCGCUUAAUGGAGCAGUGCUACGAGCAGCACAGCAAGCUGGAGCGACUGCAGGAUUCCACGCUGCUGGCACCCAUUGUGGGCGGCUACAGCACAUUUGCCCGCACACAGUCCAUCAAGCAUGCACGCCAGCAACCAGCCGGCAGCUAUGGUGGCUACAUACUCGAGGGUUUCCAUACAAACGGCUUGUCUGCCACAGAACUCAAGCCAGCACAGCUGCUGCCCAUUGUCGAGCAUUGCGUGCAGCAGCUAGAGGCGGAGCAGCCGCGUCUUAUGCCCGGCGCCUACACGCCUUUGCUCCUGCUGGAGCUGAUACGCCUGGGCGUGGAUGUCUUCGACAGCUCCUAUGCGUAUUGUGCGGCCGCGAAUUACAAGGCGUUGACAUUCAGUUAUGUCCGGGAUAAAGCUGAGCAUACGGCGUUCUUGGACGUGACGGACGAGGCCAUCAAGGAGGACUUUAAGCCGCUGCUGGAGGACUGCAGCUGUCUCUCCUGCCAGAAGCACACGCGUGCCUACAUUCAUCAUCUGUACAAGACGCACGAGCUGCUGGGAACCAUUCUGCUGAUGAUUCACAAUUUGCAUCAUUAUAUGUCCUUCUUUGAGGCAAUACGAGCCAGCAUGGCAGCGGAUCAGCUACCGGAGCUGAUCGAGCAUGUGAGAAUGCAGAAUACGACAGCCGAGAUCAAUUAUCGCAUCGAGCCGAAUAACAAGGUUGUAGGUAAGGCGGCCAUGGGCAAGGGAUUUAUCGCAGCGGCCGUUUAGCUCGCGUCCAAUGCGGUAAAAAU